UCCAGCGUGGGCCUGGCGACGUUUCCGCCUGCUUCCAAUCCGCCCUGGCCCGGAAACCCCGGGUGCCCGCGUUGGGCUUCCUGUUGCCCACCCGCUGCGAGCAGGGAGGCAGGGAGUGUACGGGACGGGCCUUUUCUCUGUGUGCGUGUGGCCCAGGCUCUCCACUGCGGCGGGGCGGCCUCGCGGGGCCAUGCCCAGCGGGCUGCGCUGUUCCCGCGGCCUGGGGACCUGUCCUCUGAACUCCUCGCGCGCCAGGGGAGGAGUGGGGUUCGGCCGAGCCUUCGGGAAGCUUGCUGCCCCUGCGCCUCCGCUUCUCACCGCCGUCCCCGCCCCUAAUGGCGGCCGCGAGGAUGGACCGGCCUCAGGGCCACGUGACCUUUGAGGACGUGUUCGUGUACUUUUCCCAGGAGGAGUGGGAGCUUCUUGAAGAGGCUCAGCGAUUACUUUACCGUGAUGUGAUGCUGGAGAACUUUGCACUUGUGGCCACGCUGGGUUGUUGGUGUGAAGCAGGCAAUGAGGAGGCACAUUCUGAGCAGAGCAUUUCUGUAGAAAAAGUGACACAGAUCAGGACUGAAUCAGGUCUUUGCUUCCAGAGUGCCCACCCAUGUGAGAUGCGUGAUACACUCUUGAAAGCCAUUUUGCACCUGGGUGAAUGCCAGAACUCACAUGCUAUGCAGAAUAUAUGCACAUGUGAGCCACAUGGAAGAGGAUGUUCAUUCAGUGCAAAAUUUUACUGUCACCAGAAGCAGCACUGUAGAGACAUUCCCUUCAUGGGGGAUAAUGGAUGGGACUCUUUCGUGAAGAGCUGUCUAGCCCGUGUGUUAGGGAUACCCGUUGUGUGCGGGGAGGCUGGGGUGGACUUGCUGGACAGUACCGUCCUCUUUCAGCUCCAGCCCCCACGCAGUGAGGUGAUCGCGUACGGAAAGAAUGAGUGCACGGAGUCUCUCCCAGCCAGUUCCAGUGUUGGCCAACCCCAGGAAGACCGUGAUGGACAGAUGAUUUUCAAUUGCAGCAGUGAUGGAAAAGACUCCCUAAAUACUGUUCCUCUUCUUGACAACCAGAGAACUCAGACUGAUACGAGUCCCCUUAGAUGCCUACCAUGUGGAAAUGUGUUUGAGCAGAAGUUAAGUCUUUUCAAUCAUGGAGAAAUUCACAGCGGAGAGAGAGCUCAUAUGUGUAACGAGUGUGGAAAGGCCUUCGUUCACCUGUCUCACUUAAAAAAGCACCAGAAAUACCACACUGGAAAAAGACAUUACAUUUGCAGUGAAUGUGGGAAGACCUUCGGCCGUAAAGACACACUUAUUCAACAUGAGAGAGUUCACACCGGAGAGAGGCCUUUUAAGUGCAGUGAGUGUGGCAAAGCCUUCACCCGUAAAGACACACUUGUUCAACACCAGAGGUUUCACACUGGAGAGAGGCCUUAUGAGUGCAGCGAAUGUGGGAAAUUCUUUAGCCAAAGCUCCCACCUUAUUGAGCACUGGAGAAUUCAUACUGGAGCAAGGCCUUAUGAGUGCACUGAAUGUGGGAAAUUCUUUAGCCAUAAAUCUAGCCUCAUUAAACAUCAGCGAGUCCACACAGGGGCAAGGUCUUAUGUGUGCAGCAAGUGUGGGAAAGCUUUCAGCUGCAAAGACACACUUGUUCAGCACCAAAUCAUUCACACUGGAGUGAGGCCUUACCAGUGCAGCCAGUGUGGGAAGGCCUUCAGCCGUAAGGACACCCUUGUGAAGCACCAGAAAAUCCACACUGGAGAAAGGCCUUAUGAGUGCAGUGAAUGUGGGAAGUUAUUCAGACAUAGCUCCAACCUUAUUGUACACCAGAGAAUUCACACUGGGGCAAAGCCUUAUGAGUGCAGUGAAUGUGGAAAGUGCUUUAGCCACAACUCUAGCCUCAAUCUGCACCAGAGAGUUCACACUGGAGCAAGGCCUUAUGUGUGCAGUGAGUGUGGGAAAGCCUACAUUAGUAGCUCUCACCUUGUUCAACACAAGAAAGCUCACACUGGAGCAAGACCUUAUGAGUGCAGCGAAUGCGGGAAACUCUAUAGCCGCAACUCUAGCCUCAUUCUCCACCAGCGAGUGCACACUGGAGAAAAGCCUUAUGUCUGUGAUGCAUGUGGGAAAGCCUAUAGCAGGAGCUCACAUCUUGUGCGGCACCACAGAGUUCACCGUGGAGAGAGGGCUCGCGCAUGCAGUUUUAGUGAUCCUUAGCUGCCCCUCUUUAGCUUGUUUUGCAUACAGUAUUCACACAAGAGAAAGGCCUUAUGAAUGCAGAAAAGUCACCAUGUCCUCUUUCUUACUCACUAGAGA